AUGAACCGUACGGCUCGUUUCCUCGACCUCGUACCUUCCGGUUCCCCACUCCGAUCAGCAGAAGAGCGUUAUCCGUCAGAAGUGCCGCGGAUUCAAGACAUGCUGUACCUGAACAAGCAGCGCCUCAUCGCGCUGGACGAGCUGCACAAGGCGGAGGCGGAGCGCGAGUACCUGGCGGCGCGCGUCGCGCAACUGCAGGCGGAGGCGGAGGCGGGGGAGGCGCAGCGCAAGCUGCUGGAGGAGCGCCUGAGAGCCGCGGAGCUGGGGGUCGCCGCAGCACCCAGCAGCAGCGUCAGCCCCACCCGCUCAGCAGCGAGCAGCAAGGCGGGCAGCAAGGCGGGCAGCAAGGCGGGCAGCAAGGCGGGCAGCAAGGCGGGCAGCAAGGCGGGCAGCCGGGCGGAGGAACCGGCGUCCGUGUGGAGUCGCCUGCUGCUGCGCGUGGACGGGCUGCUGCUCACCAAGGCGCUCACCACUUCACCCAGCAGCCCCACGCGUUCAGUAACUACCGCUCCGGGCAGCAAAGCGAGCGGCAAGGCGGGUGGCAGGGCGGGGGAGCCGGCGUCCGUGUGGAGCCGGCUGCUGCUGCGCGUGGACGGGCUGCUGCUCGCCAAGGCGCUCACCGCCCCGCAGGCGCAGGCGCUAAGAGGGCUCGCUGCCUCUAGGGAUGCCCGCGCUGCUGACGUGUACGCUGACGUGGAGCCGCUGGAGGACGCGCAGGUGGUGCGCGCGCUGCUGCGACUGAUUGAUGGCAGUAACAGGACACUGCACGUGGUGCACGUGUGCACGGAGCUCGCGCCAGUGGCCCAGGCGGGGUCGCUAGCCACGUGGAUGGCGGGGCUGUGCCGCGCACUCCGCAAGAAGGGCCACCUCGUGGAGGUGGUGCUGCCGCUGUACUCAAGUGUGGACACGAGUGCCAUCGAGGACUUCAGAGAGGCGCCGGGCGAGAUCAUGUCAUUCUUCGAUAACAAGUGGCACAAGAAUAAGAUCUACACCGGCACGGUGCACGGGCUGCCAGUGACGUUCAUCCACCCGCUGCACCCAGCGGCCUUCUUCCAGAGGGACCACCUCUACGACUAUGAGGACGACUUUGAGCGCUUCACCUACUUCACGCGGGCAGCGUUGGAGUACGUGCAGCAGCAGGGCAAGCAGCCGGACGUGCUGCAUCUGCACAACUGGCACACGGCGGUGGGCGCACCGCUGUAA